CUAUAACCAUGGCAUCAUUGAGAAGCUGUAUUCUCGCACUGCUUCUGGCACUGCUCUGCUCCUUUCACACCCCGCUGGCUCCCACUGCCAAGGCACAGGAUCUGCCAUUCCGCUCUGAGCAAGGUUUGGUGGCUGAUCAUGAUGAUGAUGAUGAUGAUGAUGAUGACCACAACAAUGGCGACCACGAUGAUGACGAUGAUGAUGACGACGACGACGAUAUGGACGACGGCGAUGACGACGAUGAUGACGAUGACGACGAUGACGACGAUGACGACGAUGACGACGAUGAUGACGAUGACGACGAUGACGACGACGACGACGACGAUGACGACGAUGAUGACGAUGAUGAUGAUGAUGACGACGAUGACGAUGAUGAUGAUGAUGAUCAUGAAGAUGCUGGUGAUGAUGAUGAUGACGAUGAGGAUGAGGAUGAGGAUGAGGAUGAGGAUUAUGAGGAAGGUUCUGUGUGCUCAUAUUGUGAAUUCUGUGAGCACUGUGACAUCUGUGAUAAAUGCCCCUGUAAAGAGGGAGACAAGUCUAAACACUGUGAUGACUGCAAGAUGUGCAAAUUCUGCCGUGUGUGUCCUGUUUGCCACACUCUGUGUAAACCUGGAGGUUUUGUUGAUGAAGUGACCGGAUCAAUCUACAAGACUGUAGCUGACGUCUUUGAUGAUGAUGACGAUGAUGAUAAAAAGUGAACCCAACCCUAUGCUGC